UCUGCUUUUUACAUUCACAGUGUUGUUUUCUGUGAGACACUGAAAGUCCGUCUCAAUUUCCAGGUUUCUUCAUUUCCAUUUUUAGGUCUCGGUGCUUGACAGCAAGGUCUCAGGGACCAUAAUGGCUUCUCCAGCUUCUGAUGGAUAUAUCCAAGAAAAAGGACUUAGCACCUGGAGUCUUGUUCUGUCUUAAUACAGCAUUGGGUUAGAUGUACGACUUGAAGUCAGCAUGUCUUUGAAAAGUGGACAUCUCUUCACACUCUUCUUCUUUAUACUGUCCGUCACAGGAAUUCAAGACAGAAGAAGGCUAAACCCAUUAGAGACUCUUGAUGCUAGCAGCUUAACAAACCAAAACGCACCAAAGCAGAAUUCAGGGGUCAGAACUAUAUUUGAAAUGGAAAAGCAUCGCGUCAGGAGGUCAGAUUUCUUCCACUCGGAGGUGAAAGUAUGUCCACAGGAGACAAUGAGAGAGGUCAUAGCCAGCCAUCGAACAUUCUACACACUGAGAGUUUGCCAGGAGGCUGUAUGGGAGGCUUUCCGGAUCUUUUUGGACAGAAUUCCCAGCAACUCGGAGUACCAGACAUGGGUCCACACAUGCCAGCACAACUCCCUGUGCAUCUCAGAUCUUGCCAUGAAUUUCAGCCAUUCGCAGGAACACGUAGACAUGGUCUACAGGAGGUUGAAUAAGAAUAGUGAAACAUUAGAACGAAAUAUAAGUGAAGAGCCAGCAACCAUUGAAGCACAAGAAAUGGAAGGUUCAGAGGAAGUCCUGACUGAAGCAGCAGUACAUGAAUUUGUUCCCACAGCUGAAUCUACUACUAUCCGCACUACAAGAGACACCUCUACUGCCUCACAGGAGUUGGAUCUUCACAAUGUGGUUCCAGAGCAGCCAGUACAUCAUGUCAUAGAGUUCAGCGUUACACUGUUGGACCACGGGUAUCAAGAGAUACUGAGAGUUGCCGAUUCACCUCAGUACCAUGACCUGUCACAGCAUCUUCAAGAUCAGAUGCAACACGUUUUCAAAGACCUACCUGGAUUUAUGGAUGUCCACGUGUUAAGAAUUAGCGAGGCGGAAGAGCCUGAAGGGGCUGGAGGAAUAUCAGCAGUCUACUCGGCUGUUUUUGAGACUAUUGUACCAACCAUUGCUGAUGAAAGUCUUGGCACAGUUGUUUCAUCUACAGGACCAAGUCUGAAGGACAUGAUAGUUAAAGCACUGAGCAAAAAGACCUCUCUUCUUGAUCUUAAUUCACUGAUAUUUGAGACAGGCAAAGACCAACCCUCAACCAGAACGCCUGUCACUGAGGUUUCUGAAGACAUAGUAACUGAGUCCUCUGAUCGAGAUUCAUAUGGUGACCUCAGUUUUCCAACAAAAGAAACGAAGGUUGAAGUUCCUCUUCCCUCAGAUGGCGAUGAGAAUGUUUUGGAGACCAUUUUACACACAACUGUAGACACAGACAGCACCACAACAACAAAAUCAACAGUUGAACCUGAGAAUGAGGCAGUCAUUAUUCACCAGCUUGAAACUAUUAAAGGGGAAACUGGUGAGCUCAUAAAAGAAACUUUUCAAGUUCCACCAGUAGAGGAAGCUCCUGCUGACGAUGACAGCAAACCAGUUGUUAUUGUUGAUAAAGACAACAAUCUGGCUCCAACAUCUUCAGCUGCUAUCUCAGCAUUCCCCUCGAGUGGAGAACAGCCUAUAACUACAGAGAAACCUACACCCGAGAGUGACUUUAGUCAAAACACAAUACCAGAAGAUGAUAUCAUGUUUAACCCAGUAACCACCACGCACAAUUUGUUCACCACCGCUACAACCGUAAGUCUUGGGUCUGAACAACCAAAGUUGGCUGUCACAACCGACUUCACCAUCACCCUACAACCUUCAACUGAACCAAUUGAUCCAAUAACUGAAGUUACAGAUUCUAAUGAAAUUCCAGAGGUGCCUCACACAGUAAUUGUACUAAAGGAGGAAGAUACCAAAAUGGUGAUGGCUGAACCAGUGGAAGAAACUAAGUCUGAGGUUGAUUUACCCAAGGUAAAGGUUGUGACAACAGAAACUGUGGAAGUGACUGGAUCUGAUGGAGUAAUUGAAGAUACUGUUGUUUUAGAAGAUCAGGUAUUCCGACCUGAAGUGACUAUGGUAACAGAAUCUCAUUCAGAGUAUAGCACAUUAGAACCUGUGAUAACGACCGUAGCACCAGAACCAGAUGAAGAUUGGAUUGGAAAAUCAACUAAACAGGAUGAAGUAGCAGAACGAGAGGGAAAAGUUUUAGAGGAAGAAACAGAGGUCCUUAUAGAAUCAAAAGAAGACGUUGAAGAACAUAAAACUGACGAGGAGAUUAAAGUGAGAGAAGAGGAGGAUGUUCAGGUAACUAGAAACCCAGGAACUGAGGCAGUACAACCCAAGGAGGAACCUCGUUUAACAGAACUUGAAGAAGAGGGUGAGGUGGUGGAACCUGAGAGAGAAGCUGAUGAAUCAAAGUCUUCUGAUGUGGUAGAAUAUGAGGAAGGCAUCAAAACUGAAGAGCCUGAUGUGGAUGUGGCAAGUGAAGUCCCCAAACCUACUGAAGGUUCAACAGAACCUCCUGCACAGAUGAUUAAGAUUAUACCAAAAGAGAUUUCUGUGACAGAAAUUUACUUUGAGAACAUUGACUAUUACCAACCUGUAAGUGAUAAUUUGCCCUUUGUGCCAGUUGACAGUGUUCAACCAGAAAUGGACGUUGGUAAACCUGAAUAUGUGGAAGACUUUGGGCUUGAGGAUCCAAACUCCAAAACUGAGGUUACUGAGGGAGUUCUUGAGAUACCAGAUAUGGUUAUCGAGGACACCACCACAAAACCAGAAGUGGCUGAUGUUCACCCUACUGUAUCAACUGCCUCAGAAUCUCUAUCUGAAAUGGUCACACAAUCAGCUUCGAAGAAAGAUGAGGACUUACCAUCUGUUGUUGGCGAUACUGAGGAGCCACAUCUCACGGAUAUAGAGGAAGACACUAAGACAGAGGUUGUCCUUAUAGAACAAGAGGAAGAAAAUGCAUCACUGCCCAUUGAUAUACUUGCAACGGAUACACCUUGGACAACUGCACCUGCAGGCCAUGAUCUUUUUGAAGUAGUCCUAACAGAUGUAUCAAUCGUUACUCCGACAUCUUUGGAACAGGAUUAUGAUUCACCAACUGAAAAUGGACAAUCAACUGUUGUCCAGGACGUUGUAUUUAAAGAGUCCGAAAAUGACAAAGUGCUGAAUGUGGAAACUGAGGACCCAUUUACUGAUUUAAAAGACCUAGCCACGGAGUUAGACCAAAUAGAUGUAGUAAGUACUGAGACCAUUGACCUCUUGAGUUAUGACAAUGCAUAUUCUUUUCCAAAUGAAGGAUAUCCCUUGGAGACAACAAAAGUGCCAUCACUAACGUACUUCACAACUCCCUCAAUGACCACAGCGAGCAAAGGCAAGGAACUAAUUGUGUUUUUCAGUUUGCGUGUCACAAACAUGAUGUUCUCUGAAGAUCUUUUCAAUAAGAGCUCAACAGAAUACCGAUCUUUGGAAAACAGAUUUAUUGAACUGCUACUUCCAUAUCUACAGUCUAACCUAACAGGCUUUAAGCAGUUAGAGAUCCUUAACUUCAGAAAUGGAAGUGUGGUGGUCAACAGCAAGGUGAAAUUUGCCAAGUCUGUGCCGUACAACAUUACUCAGGCUGUCCAGCAUGUCUUGGAGGAGUUUUGUGAUGCUGCAGCCCAGGGUUUGGACAUAGAGAUUGACAGCCAUUCCCUAGACAUAGAACCAGCUGAUCAAGGUGACCCUUGCAAGUUUCUUGCCUGCAACGAGUUUUCGAAGUGCGUGGUGAACUUCUGGACAAAGGAAGCACAAUGUUUAUGUGACCCAGGCUACGUAACGCUGGAAGGACUGCCAUGUCAGAGCCUCUGUGUGGUUCAGCCUGAUUUCUGUCUCAAUGGAGGAGAGUGUGAGAUUGUACCAGGGCAUGGUGCCGCUUGCAGAUGUCCUGUAGGUAAAUUCUGGCAAUUUAUCGGGGAGAGAUGUGCAGAGCUGGUCUCCGUGUCAGUAGACCCCUUUCUUUCCCUAGUGUGCCUCGUGGGGGUGCUCGCCUUUCUUUAUGCCAUCAUUUCUCUCUUGUUAUCUAUGUGCAGGAUAUGUGUACGGACCAGAAAGACACUAACUCUAGUAGGCCGAGACCAGACCACCAUUCCAGGCCUGACGAGUUAAUCACAGAUGAUCUCCACAUUAUGAUACUGUCACUGAGAAGUGGGACGAGUCAUGCUGUCUUCCAAUGGUGCUUGUCCAGCCAUUAAAAGAUGUUUAAAAGACUUCCCAUGAUCCCACAACUCAUGAAGAUUGUAGAAUGAGUGGCCAAACAUCCUGAACAGAUGGAUAGCCAAGUUGAGUUGCUAUUGGUUAAUAUGUUACAUGUCGUUCUCAUGAGAACGUUAAGAAACGCGACUGGAUUUCAGGUAGAAUGUUUUCACAAGGCAGAAAUGAUUAAGGGUUUCCUCACAAUGAGGAAAUUGUUCUUGUCUGAUCAUAAAGAAUACACUGUUAAAAUGUUCUCAUAGUUUGGAACAUAUUUGUGAUUUUGAUGUGUAAUAAUUAUAAAUGGUCUUACAUGCAUAGCGAAUACCUUUUUUUUUUUUUGUCUUUUAGAAUGGUUGUCUUGAGAAAAAGAGAACUUUGUUGCAAACAUUCUUUGAUUGAAUGUUAAAUAGCACCAAACAUAAAAUAAAGUGUGCUGCAAAAAAAUGACA